UUGAUGUUUGAAUAAUAAUUUUUAAACAGAAAUAUCAAAGUUAACCAUGCAUAGAGCAAGCAUGAAUGAUCCAGAAUCCACAAAGUUGAGCAAGCAGCCUACAGCAUUUCUAGUAUACCAUGUGUUCUGGAUCUUGAACUGAGUAGAAGUGCUGUAUCUAAUCCAUUUGUGGCUAAAUCAGCCAAGUAUAUUCUUUCUGCUGAUAAUAAUGUUCAAUAUCGUAAGUAUGGGAGCUUCACUUGUCUAUGCUGAUUUCUACCAUAAAAAAUAUGGACACUUAGUCACAACAAAGAUAAUCCUUGGGAUAUUUGCUUUCAUUUCAAUCUUUUGAUGUAUCAUCGUAUACACCAUGGAAUUACAAGAUCUACUGAAUUACAGCCAGUUGGCAGCAGGUGAAGCUCAACAGAGUUUGGUCAAUAUCUUAUUAUUUACAGUCCCUGUGGCUCACUGAGCCAUGCUUGUCUAUAUCACAGCCCUAAGGAUUAUGCUCGCACCGAGAAGAACUGAGAGCGAAAGUGCAGCCCAGAACAAACUCGAUCCUAGGAAUAACUAUUCAAGACAAUUUGAUGAUGUUGAGACAGGCAUUUCUAAUAGAAGUUAAUUCGUUAAAAUUUCAUAAUUUUCAAUCUUCAA